AUGUUUCGGCGCGGUUUAUCAGACGCAGAAAUUGCGGAUUUGAUCAAUCAUAGCGACACUCUGGAUAAUGUAGAGAGUGAUUCAGACGAUUCUGAAUGCAAUGGUGUGUUUGAAGAAGACGAGAUUGAUGACAGUUUGUCUUCAGAUGAAGACGAGAAUGAUGUUGAAGGUGUUGCUUCAAAUCCAGCAGCUGUGCCGUAUCCGAAAGACAGUGAGUGGACUGCAGUUGACACCUACCGACCUCUGCCUGUCAACACGACACCCAGGCAGAUACUAGUGGAUAUUGAUGAGUCGAGUUCUGUACUGGAUUGCAGUAAAGUGUUCCUUACUGACAGUGACGUAAAUGAACUCAAGAGACAGACAAAUUUGUAUGCAUCACAGACAAUACAGAAGAAAAGAAGAGGAAAUAAUCUGAAGCCCCAUUCAGUUUUGAGUUCGUGGAAGCCAGUGACUAUAAGUGAGAUGAGGCGUUUCUUGGGUAUUAUUUUCCACAUGUGUGUUUCGAAAAAGCCAAAAAUUGCGGACCAUUGGAGCACUAAUCCUGUUCUUAGUUGUAACUUUUGUCCCCAUGUCAUGAGCCGUUUGCGUUUCACUCAGAUACUGUCAUGCUUGCAUCUUGUUGACAAUUCAAAUCAGAAAAAACCAGGCGAAGAUGGAUUUCAUCCACUUUACAAAGUUUUGCCAUAUUAUAAUAAUUUGAAGGAGCGAUUAUAUGCUGUUGCUGAAGCCAGUAGUGGCUAUGUUGUAAAUUUUGAAGUUUAUGCUGGUAAGCGUAUUGUUGACAAUUCUUCGUCUGCGGUUAUUUUGCGAUUGUUGUCUGACAGCAGCUUGCUGAACAAAGGCCACACUGUGUAUUUAGAUCGAUUUUAUUCCAGUCCAGAGCUAUUUCAGCAACUGGCAGAGAAAGGCACUGGAGCUGUUGGUACUGUGAACAAAUCCAGGAAAGGAUUGCCUAAAGAUUUAGUAUCUGCUAAGCUGAAAAAGGGCGAAAUGUCUUUUCGGCGUAAAGAUAAUGUAUUGGCAAUGAAGUGGAAAGAUAAGAGAGAUGUGUAUACAUUGUCUACAAGGCAUCAAGCAACAUUUGGUACGCAUACUAAGAGAAAUGGGUCUGUAGUAUUGAAACCACUUCAGGUACUUGAUUACAACCUCAAUAAAAUUGGAGUGGAUAUUGGAGACCAACGCCUGCAGUACAAUCCGUUCCAGCACAGAACUGUGAAAUGGUGGCGAAAAUUAUAUUUCCAUUUGCUGCUUAUGGGAGUAUCAAAUGCAUUUUGGCUGUACAAUGCAGUGCACAGGAAGAAAAUUACAAUAACAGACUUUAUAACAGUGCUUGCAGUUCAGCUUGUUGAAGACGACACACUUGAAUUCAUUCCAAGAAAUGAAGGAACUGUAGGUCGGCUAACAAAGAGACAUUUUUUGCAGCACAUACCUGCAACUACUAAGAAGUAUGCUGCUCAGCUCCAAAAACAGGUCUCAUUUUCACAACUGGCACAAACUAUAGCAAUUUUGCAGGAAAGUCCUAUAGAGUUUGUUAUGUUCAUAUCAAAAGAACCUCCACAAAGAUUACAACACAAACAUUUCUUCAUAAACUCAGUAAAAACAGGAAAGUCGACUAAAACAUAUUGUUCAUUAGAAGCUUCAUCUGUAAUUUCACUUGCACAGUUUGAUAACUUCUUUUUUGAUGCACUGGUGGGCGUGUCUCCUUCACACAUCUCAGCUGUACAAACGUCAGAACUUUCACCAGCAUCAACAGGUGCUGAAGCAGAAUCACUUGAACAAACGUUAUUUGUAAAUCUAUUACCGCGAAACUUUCGCUUUUUAAAUAAUGAUGCACUCCUAGGCAUCGUAGAAACUACGCACUCACCACUGAAAGUCAAAACAAGACAGAUAACAAACUCCAAAUGA